UCACUUAACACAAACUUCACGCAAUAUGAGCGACGUUAGCGCAAAAAGAGCAGCGUAAACGCAGAAUCAGCAAUGUAAGUGAAAAUUUUACAUGUCUAUGUUAUUAUUAUGUUAACAGAGCGAAUUAGCAUAACCGCGACUUAACAUAACAUAAUACGCUGCUAAAAAUGCAAAACAAUGAAGAUAAAUAAAACACAGAACGGCAACAAAACAUACGAUAUAUAAAUAAUUACUAUACUUUAGCUUCUUGGUUUGUCGCGGGGGGGGAGCCACAGGCAUUGGGCAUUGGCAUAAAAUGGAAGACAACAACAGCAUGUGUAAGAAUGUCAAAUGUGCAAACAACGAAGCUGUCGCUGUUGUUGCCGUUGCUCCCGAGUCAUCCACAUACAAUGGCAAGGGAGUUCACAUUAAGAUGGCCACCGUCGUCAGUGCUGAGCCGCCGGAGGAGCUGCUUGGUUCGGUGACCACACAGAAUUGUCCGGGCACUCGUGCCAGUGCACGCGUCAUACAAAAAAUGAAACUUGAUUUAACGCGACCGAUGACACCGCCGCCCACAGAGCGGGAGCACAGCAAGAAGGAGGAGAAGGCCGCCCAGAAGACGCCCUCACAGAUGCGGGCGGCCAACAAAACGACCUGGACAAAUGUGGAGCGCAAUUGUUUCUUUGAUGCGCUCAACGAAUUUGGCAAGGAUUUCGAGGCGAUCGGCAAUUGCAUCAAUUCCAAGUUGAAGCGUCGCAAUUCGAGCAGCGAUCACAGCUUCAAGAGCAAGGAUCAAGUGCGACAGCAUUACUAUCAAACAUAUCAUAAGAUCAGCAAAUAUGUCCGCUUCACCGAUGAGCUCAAGAAGCCCGCUCAGGAGCUGUACACGCUGAUAAACUAUGGUGAAAUGCGUCGCAAGCUGCAGUUUCUAACAGAGAAGCAUUUCAUGAAACUGAAGCAACUGAUUUAUCAGGGUCACAUCAUCGUGCGCUGCAAGGGCAAAAACAUACGCAUCAAGACGCCUUCCUGCAAGGCUUUGCGUCGUCUAAAUCAGCUCGAUGAUACACUGGAGGACAUAAGGCUGCCCAAUAAAAUAGAGGUGCUAGUGCAGCCCUCAAAUAUGGAGGCAUUUGGACGUGUUCAAUCAUUGGCACAGAAUCCACGUGGACGUGCUAUUGUGCCGCUGCACAAGAAGCUUAUUAGCUUUAUCAAAACGUUUGAGUACAAAUGGCGCAGCGCUGAUGCUCGACUGUCCGAGGAACAGUUGCUGCCCAGUGGCGUUGCCGGUGUCAUCGAAACGCCCGAUCCUCCGGUAGAGCCGUCACUUUGCUUUCUGCCAAAGCCCGGUGUGCCCAUACAUCGUCCAUUGCUGAGCAUUACGGCGCAUCUAAGCAGCGUCAACAUAUGCCUAACCGCAUACGAGGAACGCUUGGGCGUCAAAGUGCGCAGCGAGACGUUGGAGAGCACAGCAGCUGCAGCUGCCGCCAGUGCAAAGCGUGCACGCACCGAAAGCGGCUCAGAGAAACGUUCGCCGGAGUCCAAAAAGCUGAAGACGACGUCCAGUCCGGCGCAAGAGAAGACUUUGGAUGAACUCGCGGAGGGCAGCAAUUCUGUGAAGGUGGAAAAUACCAGCGGAGAUGAGCUAAGCGAGGAGAUCAAUGAACUGCUUAGUCUGACGACCGGUGACGGAACAGUCUCCACAAGCAGUGUUAGCACGAAUCCAACAGCAGGAGUUGCAGGUGCAGUUGCACCACAACCAACAGCAGCAAUUGUACCACUUACCGUUGCCGCACCACCGCCGGCGCCGGCGCCAACACGUGCCAAGCGUAACGAUGCUUUGGGCGCUGGCGGUAAGGGCGCCAAGGCAGCGGCACGUAACUUCAAGCCGCUGCUUAGCGAUGAGGCUAUCAAGCGCAUACGUAAAGGCUGGACCGCGUCCAGUUCGGCGGACAUAACCAUUGGCGAUUUGUAUGUUGUGCUGGGACAGGACUCCAAGCUGGAACUCGAGUAUUAUUGGUGCGAUAUUGAGCUAGGAACGGCGAGUAGCUCAACGGCCGUCAGUGCUUCCACCACAUCCUCCACAACAUCGCUGCCGUACAAUACUAACGACUGUGAUAGCGCGGAACGCGUUAAGGCCAUCACAACGGCCACGGUUAGCAAUAAGUUGAAGCAUCUUCUGCUCGUUGCCAAUCUAAGCGAACGUGUGCGUAAACGUCAAUGCAAUUGUGGACACAGUUGUGAUCGCAAACGCGAUCUAAUCACCAAGGCCCAAUGGCUCAGCAGUCUGGCAAAUGGUACUGCUGGCCCUGGAGCAGCUGCUGCAACUUCCACAGAUGGCAACGAGUCCAUCUUCCGCACUCCCAUGCUUCCCAUGCGCCGACCCAUCACCAAUAUUGUUGAUCCAAUGCGUCAAUUGGCAAAACUCACUCGUCAGAAGUUGUCGCGCCAUGUGCUGGUGCAACGAUGCAUUCUGCCGCCCGCAUCAGAUGCUUCACGUCCCUAUGAUGUGCUUAGCUUGAGCAAUUUGCAAAAUGGUCUCUUCGAGCCCAUUGAUCGAGUCAGCAGUAGCAGUAGCAAUAGCAGUCUUAUUAACUCUGCCUUGGCCAUGCCCGUUUCUUCCAAGACUACCUCCAAUAACAACAACAGCAGCAGCAGCAUGAACAGCGAAAGUCUGCAGCAACCUGAAUGCAGCAACAGCAGCGACAGCGGCUGCGUCGUGAUGGGUGCUUUGGACAUGCCAAAUUUGGACAUUUUAGAAGAGGAAACAACGCUGCCCGCCGCCACAAGCACUACAUUGCCCGAGGGCGCUCAAGACGAGACCACGACGCAAAACUUUUUCAAUGGCAAUGCCGGCAGCGUCAGUCCGAUGCAUUUGCUGCGCGAUUCCACAUCCAAUUCACGUUGGCUGGAGGAUAACAUCAAUGACUUCUCGCUGACCAGCCUGCUGGGUCAUCUUGACGAUUUUGAUGCCACACGCGACAUACUGGAUCCUUCGUCGAGUUUGUCGGUGAUUAGCGAAAGCAGCGUUGAUUUUCGUCACAAAUUUCAGGAAAUUUCGGCGCUGUUGCAGCAGCAGGAGAAGGAUUAACGCCGGCCAUCCUGGCGACACUCGAAACCUUUUGUGGACCAGCCAAGCUAGAAUUUGAUUGUCCUUUUAUUAGCGUUGAAAAAAGUAUUCGUAUUAUUAUUUAACACAAUUUUCAAUUCCAAAAA